GUUAAAUUCAUGGGACUGAGCACAAUGACAUCCACUGCAGGGACCAGCUGCACCUUGGUUCCCACCCAGAAGUGCAGACGCAGUAACCGUCACUCCAGAGAGCGCUGCAGCAGCUCGGACAGGGCUUCCCAGGCCCUCUCAGCACUCGGAUAUUUUCAAACACUUCCACUGGAGAUCUUUCAAAUGGUGUUGAAUUAUCUUUCAGUGAGGGACAUCAGCACGCUGAGCAUGGUGUCGAAAACCAUGAGCCGCCGCCUUACUAAUUACAUCUCAACCCCGUCAGGAAACCGAAGGCUCUUACCGCGAGACUUUCAUAACCUUGAGCUACCUGCCAAGAGAGAAGGAUCCGAUAUUUUAGAGCACUACAAAUCUCUAGGGCUGCUGCUCAAGCGGUGCACGCUCCUGCUGCCCACGAGGGACAGGCUGAAGUACACGCACCAGGUUCUCGCCGAGGUUUCCUGUUUUAAACUUUAUGGUUGUCCGCGUCCUUUGCAGUGUUUAGGAUUCCAGUGCUAUGGGGUAUUUUUACAGGUCCUAACAGCAGGCUGGGAUGAUCUAGAGUGCCACCGAGUUUUCAACUUCCUCUGUGAGCUGAGCAAUUUACCCCGUAAAGUAGAGACAGUCGUCAGCAGCAAACCAGGCAGUGCCCGAAAGCUGGAGCUGCGGAUCAGGCUGUUCUGUCGUAGCGUCUUGUUGAACCACUGGAUCCACCAGAGCAAUUCUGCCUUCUGGCUGACCCGCAUUUUGAAGCCGUGGCCCAUCGUCAGUCAGGCUCGCCUGCUGUAUAUCAUCUUCGGGCCGGUGUCCUCCCUCGAUGGACAUGUGGUUUGGCAGAAAAUGAUAGAAGGACCCACAGAUGAGACCAGUCUGAAAGGUCUGGCAGAUGCAAUUAAACUGCUGUACGAUACAGAAGCUAGAGAAUGGACAGCAGAUGAUGUUAUCAGUCUCGUGGAUGAGCUGUCAGUGGUUCCCCGGGCGUGGCUCAUGGAGAACAACGUUCGGCUGCUUAUUCUGAGCGGAAACAGCAUUUGCUUCACUUUCAUGGCCAGUAAAGCUGUGAACGGGAGAGCCGUCGAGUUGGCCCGGCUCGUGGUCUUCCUGGCUUUGGUCUGUGAGAAGGACCUGUACUGCAUGGACUGGGCGGUAAAGAUGAUGCAGAAGGUCUGCGAAGUUUUCGCCACGCCGGGGGAGAGAAACAACUUCCUGCAGUGCGUGGAGAACACCUUCGCGCGCAUGAUCAUGGACAUGCUCCAGGCCGUGCUGUCCGGGGAUCGCGAUGAAGACGACAGCAGCUUCUUGAACUUGUUUCACCUUGUGAAUGCGCAAGCGAACUUCCAUAAAGAAAUCCUGUACCUGGCCAUGAGGAGCAGCAGCAACACUGUCUGA